CUUAUUAUAACGGCAAACUUUUAUCAGCCGAUACGAGCCCCGAGCUCAUUUCCGUGACUCCAGCGGGAACGUUAUGAGCAAGACUAAAUUGCCACCGCCUCUGCCACCGCAAAUAGUAUCCCCUCCUGCGACAACGUUGUUUGCGAUCAUCGUCGGUAGCACACUGGUAGCAUCCUGCCAAAAUAUGUCAUCCAGUGAACAGCAAAUCGAUUUGCGGAAUCUAUCCACGGCGUGUAACGAUUUUACGAUUUCGUUGUACAAGCACUUAGCAACCAGUAGUGGCAACAACAUUGUGACUUCUCCAUUGAGCUUACAUCUGUUAUUAUCGUUACUUUCGAAUGGCGCUGGAGGAUCCACCCUGAAUGAACUGCAGGCGGCUCUCCGUCAUGAUGACAGAGUUUCUUUAAACGACGAAUUUAAGGCUCUGAUAUCUUCGUUAAAUAACCUCGAAAGUGUUGAUUUACAUAUGGCGAACGCAGUCUACGUGCAGGAUGGAUUCCAACUGAUAGCCGAUUUUUUAUCGCUAUGUACAAAUAUUUUUCAAUCGUCGAUUUCGAGGGUGGAUUUCAAAGACAGCGUACAAGCAGCGAAGUCUGUUAAUUCAUGGGUGCAAGAAAGGACAAACAAUAAGAUAUCCGAUGCAAUUUCUUCAGAUGAUAUCGACGAAGAUACGAGACUUGUGCUGGUAAACGCUAUUUACUUUAAAAGUAAAUGGCAACAUACGUUUGAUGAAGAGCACACGACGAAACGCGAAUUUCAUGUUUCCAAGACGGAGAUAAAUCUUGUCCCGACAAUGUUUAAAAAAUCCAAGUACACUCAUGGCGAAAUACCAGCUUGGAACACGAAAUAUAUUGAGAUUCCAUAUAUGAAUCAAGACAUCGUAAUGAUAAUAUUAUUACCGGACAGAGAAAUAGAACUGCAAACUUUGGAAAGCAACUUUAAUUGGAAUACAUUGGCAGACGCGCCGAAAUCUGCUGAACAAGUUGAAUUGUAUUUGCCCAAGUUUAAAUUCGAAAUUACUAUAGACUUGGAGACUGUCUUGCGUAAGAUUGGUCUGAAUUCCAUGUUCGGAGAUUGCGCCAAUUUUACACGCCUCUCAGAAAUUCCUCUAAAGGUAAGCCGCGUGUUACAAAAAGUUUUCGUGGAAGUGAAUGAAGAAGGUUCGGAGGCUGCCGCCGCGACAGUUGCAACAAUAAGACUAAGAAGAGCAGCAUUUUUACCAGAAAUAAUAAAGUUUGUGGUGGAUCGUCCAUUUAUGUUCGCAAUUGAAUAUAAACCAAGCAGAAUGCCGCUGUUUUUGGGAAGUGUGCGCAACAUAGAAUCUUCUCAGGAGAGAGAUGAAUUAUAAAUUUAUUCGUAUACUAUACUUUAUAAGAACAUUUUUAUAUAUAUAUAUAUAUAUAUAUAUAUAUAAUGCAUUUUGAAAUAUGAAAUCCUUAAUAUUGUUACGUGUCCAAUUAUUCAAUAGAAUUUCAUAAUUUUAUAUUUAAUAAAAGAUCAUUUAUUUUAAAAAUAUA